AUGGCCACGUCCAACAAUAAUGCAGAGGCACUGAUCCCUCAAUUCAAGUUCGAAAAACUUCUAAACCAAGCCGGACGCCGCAUCGUCUUGCAGGGCACAAUCGCAAACCAACCUGCACUGCUCCUUGCCGAACGCGCCGCCUUUGACGCAGACGAAGCACAUCUGUCAACCUUCAGCAGCUCGCUCUCGCACAUCCAGAACCUCGGCGACAAUGACAUCUACCGCUGGUACAUGGCCCACAGCGGUGCUGGCCAAGGACACCCGCCCGACCUGAAGAUCAACCUCAUCUACCCAUGCACCGACCAGCAUCUCAAGAAAUACGCUGCACAAGCCGUCCGCUAUGUGACCGAGACCCCUGCCAUCUAUCGCGACCAUGUUCGUCCGUACAUGCAGGCCAAGCGCGAUCAAGGACGACUAAACUGGGUAUUCAACAUUCUCGACGGACGCACCGAGCAAGAAGAUGUCCUGUUCCGUUCGCCGCACGAUACCACCCCUGAAGAUGAGAGAUACUUGUUGCUUCCUGACUUGAACUGGGACCGCAAGACGCUGGGAAGCCUACACUUGCUCGCACUCGUCGAGCGCAGAGACAUUUGGAGUCUUCGCGACCUCAAGAAGAAGCACGUCCCUUGGCUCAAGUCUAUCGUUGCAGACAUUGCAAACACCGUUUCGCGUCUGUACAGCAUAGACUCGGACAUGCUCAAAUGCUAUGUCCAUUACCAACCAACCUACUACCACUUCCACAUCCACAUUGUCCAUGUAUCGCUCGAAGCUGGUGCUACACAGGCUGUGGGUAAAGCUCUGUCGCUCGACAACAUCAUCGCCCAACUCGCUACCAUGGCUGGCGACGAGGAAGCCGGCAUGGACGGUGUUGAUCUGUCUUUCACCCUGGGUGAAGCCAGCGAGCUAUGGACAGAUGUGUUCCUGCCUCUGAAGGAAAAGCGUCUACAAUAG